AUGUUGCAAUCAUUCAAGUUUGCAACUCCAUUCAACUAUGAAUUGGCAGUCCAAUUCGUCCAUAUGAAUAACAUAAAGGAUGAUUUAUUAGAAGCUCUAGAACUUCAAUUCAAAUAUGGUGACACUAAUUAUCCAUGGGCUGUCUCUUUUUCAAGAUCAAAUGUCGAUCAAAUCAGAUUGGAAUUUAAACAGAUUAAGCUUUCUAGGGAAGGAGCUGCUUUGAUGUAUUUGAGUCGAUUGUUUGAGAUGAAACCGUUUUGGUGGAAUGCAACUUCGAUGAGUCAAUUGGAACAGUUGAAUAAUAUUGUUGACCAAGUUUCAAAAUCAAUGAAAAGUGAAAUGAUUAAAAUUGUAGAGAGUGGAUUAAUGAACUCUGAAAAGCCAUCACUGAUUCAAAAUCAAACAACUCAAACAUUGCCAAUUAUUCAAACUAAAUCUGAAUUGGAAUUAAAGAAAAUUCAAGAUCCUCCCAGAUCAAUUGGAAUCGGAGAGGUUCAUGUAAAAAGAAUAGAACCUCAUUCUCAAAUAAUUUACACCAAUGAUCCAGUGAAUUUUAUUGUCGAAACAGAUUUGAACGUGAAGGAAAGUGAUUUAAUUAUUCGAGUUCGUGGUGUUGAUAUGCAUAAUGAAACAUUUGAAAAGAAAUCUAAUUUGGUAUUGCAAUCAAGCUUACAAAGAAGGAAGCAAUGGAACAGAUCUUUCUGUAUCAAAAACGAAGGAUUAUACGAAUUUUCUUUAGAAUACAUGGGAACCAUUCUAUUAAAGGAAGUCAAGACAUUUAACCAUAGAGAACUAUCUUUAGCUAAUAGUAUUUCCAAAUCAAACUGGAAUAAGAGAUGUAUAGCUGGAAAAGACUGCUCAGUUAUCAUCCCCUGUGUUAAUAUUAACAAUUCACAUCAAGUCAAGCAGUUUAAGGCGGAGGAUAUUAAGGCAAUUGUGAGAUGUGGAAAUUCUGAAUGGAAUUGUAAGGUCUCAGUUAUGGAUAAUAAUCUUGUUAUUGACUUUAAAUGUCAGUUUGUGGGGGAAGCAGUGCUUCAGCUCAAGUUUGGAGAUCAACAAAAAACUGUUGAAUUUACUGCUGAUUGUCAGGAUGUCAACUGGUCCAAGAUGGCCCUUAUUAACUCAGAGAAUGUGCAAAUUCAAGAUUCUAAAUGGGUUUUACGUGAGAAGACUCUUACCUAUUUGGAAUUUAAAAUAUGCGACAUUUAUGAUGAGAAUGUUGAAUUCCUUGACUUGACAUCUGUCAGAGCAGUUCUACAACAUUUUGCCAGUAGCUCUAUGGAAUGCAUGGUGGAAUUCAUCCCUGAACGAUCAGUCAUUAAGGUUUCCUUCACGACACCAUCCACCAUUGGUCAAUCAGUCCUAUCAAUAAUGAAUUCAAGAACUCCUUCAACCUCCCAAAAAUAUACUAUUGAGAUAAUCAGAGAAAGAACCUUUCAAGUUGCAAUUUCAGAUAGAAAGGAAGGAAUCUCUGGCAAUUUCAAGAAGAAACUCAAAGAAAAGGCCAAUCAACAAUUCCUCAAUCUCAAUAUUCAAUCAUUGCAAGAAAUUCAAAAGCCAGAUGUCGUCCUUCGAUUCAUUUAUCAUAAUGGACCACCAACAUGGUCUGAUUUCAAGGUAACACUCUCAGAUGAGAACAAAAAUUAUGGAGGAGCAUCUGUUAUCAUGGUUUUGGCAACUCUCAAUAAGACCUAUUGGAAAAAGGACUCACCAGAUGAUUCGUUUCCUUCAGGUGUAAAUCUCUAUCAAUCGGAUAUAUCUAUUAGAGAGAGAGGUGUUGUGUGGUUAUAUUAUGAUUAUAAUUGUUCAAUUGAUGCUAUUGAAAAUGAGUCAGAGAUUGAAAAUCUGUUAAAACUCAUUAAAAAAGUAAAAUAA